AUUCUAAACUAUGUUUGUGCAGAAGAAUGAAAUGGAGGACCAAAGGUCUUCAGGGAUGGGAGUAGCAAAUGUCCCUCCUGCCAUUUGGCCUGGGAGCAGAGGGGACUUCGGGGGAAGAAGCAGUCCAAAAGUCCUCCCUGAGGGAACCUUCAGCUCAAAUGCUCAGCGCUGGCACUUCUGGACUUUCUGCUACCAGGAGGCCAAGGAGCCCCGGGAGCUUUGCAGCCAACUCUACAAACAUUGCUGUCAAUGGCUGAAGCCAGAAAGGAGCACCAAAGCUCAGGUGUUGGACCUGGUGGUCCUGGAGCAGUUCCUGGCCGUCCUACCCCGAGAGAUGGAGAGCUGGGUCAGGGAAUGUGGAGCGGAGACCUGUUCUCAGGCGGUGGCCCUGGCCGAAGGCUUCCUGCUGAGUCAGGCAGCAGACAAGGAGCUGGGACUGAAACAGGGAAUGGAAAGAUUUCAAUGGAAAUAAGUGAAACAUCUUCUCUUU